AUGAACUCUUCAGACAUUUGUGACGAAAAGCAAGACAUCACAGACAAUUGUGACGAAAAGCAAGACAUCACAGAUAAUUGUGACGAAAAACAAGACAUCACUGACAAUUGUAACGAAAAGCAAGACAUCACAGAUAAUUGUGACGAAAAGCAAGACAUCACUGAUAAGUCUGACGAAAAGCAAGACAUCACUGAUAAUUGUGACGAAAAGCAAGACAUCACUGACGAUUGUGACGAAAAGAAAGACAUCACUAAAGAUCGUAACGAAAACAAAGACAUUAUUAACGAGUGUGACCAAGAAAUGGCAAGAGAAAAAAUAAACAAAUUACUUAAAGAAACAGUCAAAACACUAAAUACUUUUAAAUAUGACCUGAAAAUCCAAGAAGUUUCGAGUGGGGGCGCCAAUUAUACCUCAAAUUUAUAUAAAGUCCAAGUUGUACCUGAAAGUGGUAAAGAGGAACUUAAGCUUUUCGUCAAAAUAGCAUGUCCAAGCGUGAAUUUCCGAAAUACUUUGAAAGAAUGGAAAAUUUACACAACAGAAGAAUUCUUUUACACAAAGUUAUUAACAACUUUUAAAACGAUUGAAGACUUAAAUAAAGUUAGAGGUCACCACAAACUAGUAUUCUGCAAAUAUUAUGGGUGUAAUUCUGUAGUUUACGAAGAAAUGUUAGUUCUUGAAGACUUAACUGCAAACAAUUGGAUGGUUUAUGAUAGAUUUAAGCCUAUAACUUGGCCCUAUGCCAAAGCUGCCGUCACCGAACUCGCGAAAUUCCAUUCUUUAUCUUUUGCAUUUAGCGAGAAGGAGCCUGUAGAAUUUAAAGAAGUUCUAGAGCGUCUAAAAACACAAAUGAAUGAUGAAUCAAUGUCCUCAUUUGUGAAGAGUUCGACGAGUGUCGCAUUGCAAAGCGUCAAACAGGAAAAUCAAGAACGUUUGAAGAAAUAUUUCGAGGAUUUUGAAACGAAGGUGAAGCAGGCUAGUGAGCCCAUUGGCCGUAGUGUCAUCGGUCAUGGGGACUUUAGACCGAGUAAUUUGAUGCACAAGAUUAAAGAGGAUGGCACAGUGGAUAUCAGAAUCGUGGACCUCCAAACCCUUCAAGGAGCUUGCCCCGUUGCAGAUUUACUAUAUUUCAUCUUCACUGGAUCUGAUGAAGAAUUCCGCUCGUUGUACUAUGAUAGGCUGGUAGACCAUUAUUAUACGGAGCUGGAAGCGGCUUUGAUAAGACUUCACUUGGAUCCUGAGAAGGUGUACUCCAGGGCAGAUUUUGACUUUGAAAUCAAAGAGAAACUGCCAUACGGGUUGACAGUAGCAGUCUUUGCGCUUCCAGUCGUGACGGUGUCUGUGGAAAACGCUCCCAAGAUCGACGAGGAUAUGGAGCUGGCCGCUUUCACCACGGAAAAGGCCAGUGACAUGUACGUCGAACGACUAAACGGAGUUGUCGACGACUUCGUGAAAUGGGGCUUAUUCGAAUAG